AUGCCAAUCCAGGCGCCUCAAUGGACGGAUUAUUUGAACUGUCCAGUGUGCUGCCGCGAAUUUGGCGCUCCGCCCCGCAGUCCCAUUAGCCUUGGGUGCGGCCACACACUAUGUAGACACUGCCUCAAACACUUACAUAGGAAGCAAUGCCCGUUCGACCAGGCUGUGAUCCAGGUCGACCCGGAAGAUUUGGUGGUGAACACGGCUAUACUUCAGCUCGCCGGGUACACACCCCCGGCGCAGCCGUACCACCCACCUUCCAUACAGGCGCUCCCCGAUCAUGACAAACAGGCCUACGACUGCAUUGUCAAAUGUAUGGAACAUCUUGCUGUUUACCUCAAGUAUUGCGGCAAUGCUAACAACAGUAUGGCUAGUAGCCGGCUUUCUCGGCCCAUGCAGAGGAAGCUGGUCAUGCUACUUCAGUGUGCCGUCAUCGACGAGGAAGGGAGAGGCAGGGCGGCGCGAGCAGCGCGAUCCCUUGGUGAAAGAACCGUCACCGAACUGAUACUUCAACAUCAGAACCCACAGCAGUUGAGCGCGAACCUGUGGGCGGCAGUAAGAGCGCGUGGCUGUCAGUUCCUCGGCCCAGCGAUGCAGGAGGAAGUCCUCAAGCUGGUACUGCUGGCUCUCGAGGACGGAUCUGCACUAUCCAGAAAGGUGUUAGUGAUGUUUGUUGUCCAAAGACUGGAGCCUCAUUUUCCGCAGGCUUCAAAAACUAGCAUAGGCCAUGUCGUCCAGCUCCUUUACAGAGCUUCUUGCUUUAAGGUAUCUAAACGCGAAUGCGAUUCAUCUCUAAUGCAACUAAAGGAAGAAUUUCGUACAUACGAGUCGUUACGGCGCGAACAUGACGCGCAGAUAGUCCAAAUAGCAACGGAGGCGGGGCUUAGGAUAGCUCCUGACCAAUGGAGUGCCCUGCUCUACGGAGACACCGCCCACAAGAGUCACAUGCAAAGCAUUAUUGACAAAUUGCAAACUCCGCAGUCGUUCGCGCAGUCAGUCCAGGAGUUGUUCAUAGCGUUGCAAAGAACAGGUGACCCAGCGCAACUGGUUGUCAUGAGUCUGCAUCUCGAUAGACUAGCCAACAUCGACGCUAGCCCAGACGCGAAGAACCCGUCUUGGCAGCAGCUAGCUGAGGUGGUGACGUCACUGAAAGAGGUCGUGGCCGGCCUCAUACAUUACUUGCAGCAGCAGGCCACCGGCCGGGACUCCAACCAUAAUCAGAAACAACACCCACUACCCGAACGGUGUAUGGAUAACAAUGCCAGUCAAGUCUCCCCGCAGACGGCAGCGUCGACUCCAACACACAAUAAGUACAAGGUGUCGAUGUGCAGGGACGCGGCCACACGCUCCUUCUGCCCUCGAGGAAACUCCUGUACUUUCGCCCACUCUGAGGAAGAAAUGGAAAGGUUUAGGAUUAACGGAAAUUUCCCGUAUCCAAUGAUGCCAAACCAGCCGUUGCUCCCGAACCAGCCAAUCCCGAUGCCGGGGCCCACCAUGCCGAUGGCGGCGCCGGGUGUACAAUACCCACCCUUCCCCAUGCCCCAACCACAUUUGGAGGGCCAUUAUAAUGUACAACCCAUGCCGCCGGUGAACAUGCCCGCCGACAUGGAGCAUGUCAACGUGAACAACGGCCACCAUGCAAUUUACACCCCGCACCCGAUAAUCCUGAGCCAGGAGGUUUUGAUCCCCACUAAUGGGGAUCGUUUCUACCCGCGGUACAACGCGCGCUUGCCCGAGGAACAUCACGGUCCGGUGCAAUACAGAACCUUCGUGCCACAGCCACCUCCGCAAAACAACGUGCACAUGUACCCACAACCAGAACCUCCUCAGCCCCCCAGGGAUGAUUUGUUCACUCCGGGAAUGCCUGCAGAACUACUGCCGGAGUACCGAGUGAAUGCGAACACUUACGGGCCUCGUCCCGACGCUGUGUGGGCUCCCAAUCCGGGCGAGAUGUUCAAUUUCGGAGACAUGCGGGCAGCUCUGCCAACGGCCCCUCCAUUAGCUCCUGAGCAGGUAUACACUCCGGCGCGCUCGUCGGUGAUUCUCCCACUAGUCCGGUCUCGGCGCUCGUCACCAGUGGACGGUGCGGGGCCCCGGGCAGUGGGCGGACCUGUGUCGGGCCCCGGGCCCAUCCCGUGCCCUGCGCCACCAGAGCCUUUUGCCGCGCCGGCCCCCGUGCCUACAGUAAGCAACGGUCCGACAGCGAGCCAGACAGUGGCGGCCAGUAGACUGGCGGUCGGCGCCAACCGGCUACCUCGCGACAGGUCCACCGUCGCAGAUCGCCUCAGUGCCGCCGCUAAAGCGUAUCAAGCGACGGGGUCCGAUGACCAAGAAUUAGAGGCUGGUCUGCAAGCUCUUGAGCGCAGGAUCGACACGGAGUUCAAGAGCGCCGACUAA